AACAUUACUGUGUUAUUAAAAUAUAUGAAAAUACUACAGAUAUGGAAAGGGAUGUUGAGUCUGAUACUCUGAUCUCGAACAAAAUUCAAACAUCGAUCAUUGUACUCCUGGUAGUAGUGGAACUGAUAGUAGUCUUGAGCAGAUUAUAAAUAAAUCGGCUUCAAUUUCAUCAAAUUUUAAAAAAAUCCAUACAAUUUCAAAUAGCAAUAAGAUACAGAAGGUGACAGUAAAUGGAAUGAAUAACGUGGAGUUUAAAGAGAAAUGCAAACAACAAUGAAGUAUAAUGGUAUCCAUGCAAGUCUGUCUGUCAAUCUGUCAGACAUUCAGUGCCAAAAGACAACUAUAAUAUAGAAUUAUGCAAUACCAAUUCUUAUGAGUGGAAGAGAUAUAAUAGCCAGAACACCAACCGGUUCAGGGAAAACUACAGCUUUUGUUGUACCAAUAUUUAACUGUAUACUUAAACAUUUAUCUGAAAUAAAUGAUGACGGUCAUCGUUCUGAGUAUUCCGACCCACUUGCCAUAAUCGUUGUACCCACGUUACAACGUGUCAACAAUGUUUACAAUGUUGUAAGUCGUUUAAUUACAAAUACUGCGAUAACAUGUGAACCAUUGUUUAAAAUAAAUUCAGUCGCUGACCAAAAACUUAAAACUCAGUACGGUGUACAUAUUCUGAUUUCCGAUCCAGAAUGUUUAACUGGUAUCGUGAUCCAAGGUUGGAUAACUUUUGCUAAAUUACGAAUAAUUGUAAAUACUCACCAAUGCGGAUUCAUUGUUAAAAGUCGGCUACAAGCCUGAAAUCGAAUUUAUUUUAAACAAUAAAAGUAUGGUAUCGACGAUAAAUACAUAUAAUACUAUGUUUUUUUUGUAGUUUUUAAGUAAUCUUAUAGGUUAAAAGUACUGUUACUACAUUGUCUCCUUAAUCCUUGUAUAUAACGUAUUAUGGUUAACCCGUUAAAAUAAAACAAAUACGU